AUGGCGGCCUUGCACUUUUCCCCCAUAUCAUCAACACUCAAGCCACCAUGUUUCUUCAGAGACCAAGAAAGACCCACUCCAUGUCUGCCCAACCGGAAACCCUUCUUCAUUUGUUCCGCCACAGCUUCACCGGAAUCUUCCUCAACUCCGGAAAAGCCCGUAAUCGAGCUCGAAUUCGUAGGGCCUAAACAAGAUGCAGAUGGGAAGUAUCCAGUGGAGAAAGCCACCGCAGUGAGUGGGGAGAAGCUGUUGAGGAAUAUCAUGUUGGAUAACAAGAUUGAGCUCUAUGCCACGUAUGGUAAAGUGAUGAAUUGUGGAGGUGGUGGAAGCUGUGGUACCUGCAUCGUUGAGAUUAUUGAUGGAAAGGAUCUUUUAAAUGAAAGAACUAAUGCAGAAUUACGAUAUCUUAAGAAGAAGCCUGAGUCUUGGAGAUUGGCUUGCCAAACAAUUGUUGGGAACAAAGAGAACUCCGGAAAGAAGCAGGGCAUUGAUGGUCCAAAACUGCAAAUGAGAUUCUCGUAUGAUUCACUUUUUUUUGCGUAUCAAUUGUGUUUUGUAAAUGAAAUAGGUGGAUCCGAUAAAAAGAAAGUUAAGUUUCAUUUGUCCGAAUUUGAGGAUGAGGAUGCUGUUUCUGGUUUCAUCCAGCUGACGGAAGCUGUGGCUUACUACGCUACAGCGUUCCAACGCCUGCGAGCCGAAGGUUACUUGUUUCUGGGCUCAAAAGCUUUAUGCAUUGGAAGCAUUAGUGGUCAAGACGUGAUCGCCCUGAGGCAUAUUGGGGUCGUGGAUGCGGUUGGAAUUUCUGAGGCAGAAUUUAUUUUUUCACAACAUGUUGGCAAUCAUCCAUUCAGUAACGAUACUUUUGAUUUCGAGUUCUUUGGUUAUCAAAGCUCAUUUGAUUGGCCAGCUCAUGCUGCUGAAUCUGUUUUCCAGAUCUGCAGAACACUUAAGGUAGGAGGAUAUUUGGUGGCCCAUAUAGACAUUAAAGAUGAGUAUAGUUACAACUCUUUCAUUAAUUUGUUCACCUGUUGUACUUUGGUAGCAUCGCGCGAGAUCAGAAAUCGAGCAACAUCUGCGAUGCCUUCCUCACGCGAAAUUGUUCUGAAGAAAGAGGGAAAGUUUUCUAGCCAUCAUCCUGCAGGAUCAUACAAAUGCAGGAUUCCUGAAUACAAAAGAAAUCUGGUGAAAAAGAUUGAGGCACUGGUGAGGGAAGAACCAAACGGGUCGUGGAAUGCACUGGACGAGAGCGAGAACAGUAUUCAGUACCUCCCCACCUUAGUCGAUUUGAGUUUCAAGGAGAGGUACGUCUAUAUUGAUCUUGGAUCACGAGAUUACAACUCCAGCAUCGGGAGUUGGUUCGAAAAGGAUUACCCGAAACAGAACAAAACGUUCGAAAUCUUUGCAGUUGAAGCAGAUGCAUCCUUCUAUGAAGAAUACAAAACUAAGAAGGGGGUGACCCUCUUGCCUUAUGCAGCCUGGGUGAAGAAUGAGACCUUAUUCUUCGAGAUAGAUCGAGAACCUACAGAGGUCGAACAGCGCUGGGAAGAGAUGGGUAGGAUUCAACCAGAGCAGUCAUUAAGCCAGCACAAAGACUAUGUGGACAGGCUUUACAAGGUUGAGGCAUUAGACUUGUCAGAUUGGUUGAUAAGAAGUGUUUCGGAGAGGGAUUUCGUCGUGGUGAAGAUGGACAUUGAGGGUGCCGAAGUUGAUCUGAUGAAAAGCCUGGUUGAAACUGGUGCAAUUUGUUUGAUUGAUGAGGUGUUCUUGGAAUGCCAUUAUGAUCGUUAUGUGAAAUGCUGCUCUGGUGAGAGAUUGAAUAGGUACAAGGUGGAUUAUGGUCAGUGCGUCCACAUAUUUGAAGAACUUCGAAAAGAUGGAUAUUACGUGCAUCAGUGGUGGUAA